GGCUCCAUAAAUACGCCCGGUCAUGCCACAUAAAUCAGUGUCAUAAAUCUGCUGCGCGUCUUGUGUGCGGAAUAAUGUGUCAGUGUCUGUGUACCGAAAGCAGCAAGGCUAUAUCCUAGAUAUCUAUCUGUGGAGUGGCAAAUAGAAAAACUUGUGGAAAGAAAAACAACUAGAGCAAACAAAUUAGCCGUUUGGCGGAAAACAAGGAUUAAGAUAAAGGUGGUUGAAUCCUUGCCAGCCGAAAGUGCCGAAAGUCAAGUGAAAGUGGCGGCAGCCGUUCCAUAACCCAAAUCUCUCAUCUCCCAUGUUCAUCCGGAGCGAGGAGGCGUGAGUGAACGAAAGAUGGCCAUCCUGGAGUCUUGUUGCUUCUGGAAGGACGUGCGGAGUGGCAGCUUCGCCUGUGCCAUCUACACGUUGGUUUACUUUGGCUUCUCAACGCUUAUGUUUUUGUUCUACCUGGUCGAGGAGCAGGAAUUUCUGCUGGGGCAACGGGCCCAGCCCAUGGGCGAAAGUCUGCUGGAGAAGGGUGAUGUGACUGUAGCGACUGUGAUAUUCAACGUUUUGUUUCUCUUUUGCUCGAUGCUGAUGGUGUUGUCCUCAAUUUUGUUGAUUCUGGGCCUCCAGCAGAACAGGCGCCUGCUGCUGAUACCCUGGAUCCUGUUCAUGCUGGGCGACCUGCUUAUCGAGUGCUUCCACCUGGUGCACUUGACCCUCUCCCGCCGCGUCAUAUUCGAUCCGAUUGUCGGUUUCAUCUUUACCAUGGAUUUUUUCAUCCUGUGCCUCAACCUCUACUGUCUGCUGUGCGUCAUCUCGCAAUAUCAGACAUUCCGUCUGCAGCGCGCGGAGCUCCAGCUGGCGGCCACAGCGGCGUCGCCUAUUGUGGUCUUCACAGCAGCCGAGAAACUAACCAAAUCGCAGCAACAGCAACUGCAGCAACAGCAACAGCAGCAGCACCAGCAGCAGCAACAGAGUCUGCUGCAACAGCUGGAAACCGGAUGCGGAAAUGGCAAUGGCAGUGGCAAGCGUCGGCGAAUGCUGGCCAGCCCGCUGAUAACCUCGCAGCGGCUCACCAACUUCUCCACCAUCACCGAGGAGGAGGAGCAGCAGUCCCGGACAGGCCACACAGCGGAGCCAAAUGGAGAGCAGCUAGCUCGAAUACCCUUUAUAUCUCUGGCCUCCAGUCCGGCCCAUGUCAGUGAUGCAAGUGUAGGACGUCACUAAGCCAAACCUUUCGUCCUGUUACGUGUUUUUGUUCCCAAAUCCCCCCAAAAAAAAGGCAGAGAUUUAGACAAGAGUUCAGAUAUUUUUACAAAUUGAUUGA